AAUUUCUCAUUUGAAAUGGCAGGAGCUACGGCGGUCCUGUUGGUACUACUAGCGGCAAUUGCUACUGGGGCCUUUGCCAAUGAUCCUGACAUGCUUCAAGAUGUCUGUGUUGCAGAUCAUACACCAGCUGAUCAAUGUCUCAGGAAUACUUGUGAAUGGGUUCGCCUGCAAAAAUAUUAGCACAAUAUCCCCACUAGACUUCUUCUUCAAAGGGAUUUCACAACCAGGCCAGAUCACAAACACUAUCCUCGGUUCAAAAGUCACCUCAGCAAACGUCCAAGACAUUCCAGGUCUCAACACAUUGGGAAUCUCCAUGGCUAGGGCCGACUUUGCUCCCUAUGGUCUAAACCCACCUCACAUUCACCCACGUGCCACUGAGAUGCUCUUUGUUCUCGAGGGUGAGCUAUAUGUUGGCUUCAUAACCACCAGCAAUAAGCUCAUUUCCAAGGUUGUUAAGGCCGGUGAAGUAUUUGUUUUCCCAAGAGGUUUGGCUCACUUUCAGAAAAACAUGUCCAAACACCCAGCUGCUGUUUUAGCUGCCUUCAACAGCCAACUCCCAGGCACUCAACAGUUUGCUGCUGCUCUCUUUACUUCUGACCCGCCUGUGCCUAAUGAUGUGCUAGCUAAGGCUUUUAACAUUGACCAACACAAUGUUGAGAAGAUCAGGGCUGGCCUUACUCCUAAAAUGUAGGCUUUAUCCAUGGUAACAUAACAUAAAUCCUUAAAUUCAGAUGUUAGUUUGUAACAUUAAGCUAUUAGCAAUAAGGAUUGUUCAUAAUCGAUUAGAUUAUUAUCUUUUUCCAUUAUUGAAUUCCUUUUUUUUUUUUUUUAAUUAUGUUUUCCAUGUUGAAACUAUUGUUCUUUAUUGGUAUGUAUUACUAAAUGUAAGUUGAUCAAAUUUGUAUCAUUAUACCAACAUAUUAUUUGCCAUAAUUUUGAUUUGAAAUUCA